AUGGUGCCUUAUACCUCUGGCGUUGGGGGUGGAUUCGACGCGGCGCCUCCGCGUGUACACGUACCGCAGAACUAUGGGGAGUCAAAUAUCGUCAACGACGACGACUUACGCGUCGCUUUCAACACCACCUCCGGUGGAUCCUUUCCUGCACCACCCCAUCCUGACGCCUUUCCUGAAGUCACACCUGUGUACGAGCAGUACUAUGUCCCAUCGGAGGUGAAGCACCACCUUGGGGACAUGAUACGACAAGCGUGUCGGGACCCAAGCAUACCUCAGCACUACAGGAUGUGGUAUGAGCUCAUUUGCAACCCUUCGUCUAGGUUGCAGGUGGAGAUUGGCGGCGAAUUGUUGCCACUCGAGGUAUCUCCUCAUACAGUCAAUAUGCAGGCUGAUGGGCAGGUUAUAUUGAGCACAACAUGGGAAUCUCCUGGUGUUUCCUCCGGUGCACCGCCAGUGGCCGAGAGGACAAAUAUACCUUAUGAGGUUAUGCCCGGCGCAAAUGGAGCAAUGUGCUGCUGGAAGGACUGUACCAUUGACAUUGGCUCAACGAACAUAGCCGAUAUCGAGGGGCACCUGAAAGCGCACCAUUUCGGCCCGAACGAAUGGGUCAUGGAGCGGAGAGGGAAAUGUCAAUGGAGGGAGUGCAAGUAUCGGAAGGAGCUCUACUUCAAGAGCUUUGCGAAGCACAUCGCAACACAUCAUUUGUGUUCUACAAUCGUGGAGUGCGCGGUUGCUGGCUGUUCAGACACAUUUUCGCGCCGGGAUGCCAUGACGAGGCACGUCAGCCUCAAGCACCCAGGUCAAAGGAUUCACGUCGAAUUGGAGGGAUAG